CAGCUGGCUUUUCACCUCCGUUGCGGAUCUCUCUGGAUUGUUAAUCGUGUUAAAGCUGUAGUAGAAAAAUGUUCACUAAAAGAACCGCUCUAUCAGAGAAUCAUAAUCAAUUAUCAGUAAAAUAAUCUAAGGUAUAACAUUUUUUCGCACUUACGGUUCGUUUCGAGACGUUUUGAAGCGUAGUUUUUUCUAUGAGAACUGCGAAGCGCUGCGAUCGCGUCGGUUGGCUUGGAUCUCCAGGUACGGCUUUCAAUAGGACUCUCGUCAAAUCAUUAUACUGCACCAGACGGAAAUUUGCCAGGGAAACGUGCUAUCGCAACUCAAUGAAUCCGUAAGCUUUGCAGUUUUCGCAAAAGCGAUUGCUCUUUUUUUAAUCGGCAAAACUGCGAUAAACAAAGCAAAUCGAAUUCCCGACUGACUGAGCGAGCAACAAUGCGUUCUCACUGACAAAUUAUCGCGCUGAAAGUGAUGGAGACCAGAAGUGUAUUCAGGCGUGGCUGUCAGCCAGGAAAUCGGAAAAUAUGCCUGGCAGUCGUGAUCCUUGCAGUGAUAAUCGGAUCCAUCCUCUUGGCGUACACAGCUUUUGGAGACAAACCAAAGGACGCCUCGCUGAAGAAAGUGUUCAUCGUUUUCCGUCACGGCGAUCGAAAUCCAACGGAGACGUAUCCUAAAGAUCCGUACGUAAACUACUCUUGGCCCGGAGGAUGGGGAGCGUUGACCAAGAAGGGGAUGCUGCAGAUGUAUACGCUUGGCCAAUGGAUACACAAGGAGUACGGCUGGAUCACCGACAACAAGUACGCGGCCUCGAGCACAAUAGUGAACAGCAGCUACUCGGACCGCUGCAUUAUGUCGACCCAAGCGUUGCUCGCCGGCCUUUAUCGCGAGGAGGACGCUUUUGUCGAGGGCUUGCCCUGGAGGCCCAUCGCCGUUCACUAUGUGCCCAGGUUUAUGGACGAGCUGCUGGUCGUCGCGAAAGACUGCCCGGCGCUCGCCACGGCAUUGGACGAAGCUUAUCGCAAUGAGUCGCUCAGAUCCGACGCCCAAUUGAAAUCUUAUUACGAGCAACUCGCGGAUAUCACCGGGCAACCGAUCAAAACCAUCACGGAUGUUGAAUUUCUCUAUAAUACACUGGAAAUCGAGGUGCUGAAUGGGCUGGAGCUUCCGGAUCCAAUUAAAAAAUAUUACAACUCUCAAAUGCGAGAAAUAGCAGCUCGCAGUUACACGCUAUUCACCAGUAAUACAUUGCAACGAAAACUGCGCGGAGGUCCUCUAUUGAAGCAUAUUCUUGAAAACAUGAAACAUGGACCUGAAAAUGAGAAAAUUUUCUUGUACGGUACGCACGACGUCAACGUUGUGAACACCUUACGAGCUAUGGGUUUUACUAAUGAACUUUUCAAACUCGAUCUUGGCGUUACGCUUGUUUUCGAAUUGCGGGUUGCCAACGGAGGCCAAUCUCAGGAGGUUCGAAUCUCAAUGCUGAAUAACACAGAAACAACGUCGCUCUAUAAACUAAGGAUCCCCGGCUGCGACGAUAUUUGUUUACUUGACGACUUGUUUAAAUUAUGGCAAGAUGUGCUUCCAUAUGACUGGAAUCAGGAGUGUCAUAAGUUAUAG